CAUCCCCUACGGCAUAAAAGAUUAAUUACAUACAAUUCUAAAUUCGAACUCUAAAAUCUUUUGUUUAAUUUUAAAUGAUGUGCUUGAAUGCGCGCUCAUGCUGGCGGCGGAUUAGCAAACAACUUCAGAAAUUACUUUAUCGACAGUCGACAUUAAACCAGAAAAAUUCAGUAAGCUCGGCGUCAGUUAAAGUGAGGUAUCUUGAUGAUCCCGAUAAGUCAGAGGGCGAUAAAAAGAUGUAUCGUGCUCUAUGUCUUCCUAAUGGCUUACGUGCUAUGCUUAUAUCAGAUCCGCGCACGAAUGAGAUCCCACACAAGAGUACAAGUUUUCAUCAAGAAGCGCAACAAAAAAACGCAUCCAGUACUGCUGGUAGCUCCAAUACGUCCCUAGAAUUCUAUAAUGGAAAGCUGGCUGCUUGCGCUGUACUCGUAGAAGUGGGCUCAUUCAGUGAGCCCAUGAAGUUUCAAGGCCUCGCGCACUUUGUGGAGCAUAUGGUAUUUAUGGGCUCCGAAAAGUAUCCUGGCGAGAAUGCAUUUGACUCCUUUGUGACUAAAAAUGGUGGGUUUAGCAAUGCGAGCACAUCGGACGAGUAUACUUGUUUCUACUUUGAUGUGGAGGAAGCGCACUUCGAUAAAAGUCUCGACUACUUUAUGAACUUAAUGAAGGCCCCUUUAAUGGAGCAGGAUGCAAUGACGCGGGAGCGUUCUGCUGUGCAGUCCGAGUUUGAACAGGCAUUUAUGAGUGAUGAUGUAAGACGAGAUCAAAUACUGGCAAGCUUAGCGACCGAAGGUUACCCCCAUGGCACUUUUAGUUGGGGAAAUGUAAAAUCAUUGCAGGACGAAGCACAAGAUAUCGAAUUGCAUAAAGCACUGCACGAAUUUAGACAGAAACAUUAUAUUUCUAAUCGUAUGAUUGUAUGCCUUCAAGCAGGACUCUCGUUAGAUGAACUGGAACAAUUGCUUAUAACCCACUGCUCUGACAUUCCAAGUAAUGUUGACCAAGGGUUAAACGUCAAAGACUUACAUUACGAUAAGGCAUUCCGUGAACAGUUUUUCCAAGAAGUCUUUCUUGUGAAACCUGUUGAGGAUAUGUGCAAAGUGGAAAUGACAUGGGUCCUCCCGCCCAUGAUCCCGUACUACCGCAGUAAGCCCGAUUCAUUUUUUGCACAAUUGCUGGGCUAUGAAGGCGAGGGGAGUCUAUGCUCCUAUUUACGCAAGCGUCUUUGGUGCAUGAGCAUUAUUGCGGGAGCAUUCGAUAAUAAUUCAAUUUACUCCCUAUUUAAUAUAUGCAUAUAUCUUACAGACGAAGGAUUUGAUCAUCUCGAUGAGGUAUUGAUGGCCACAUUUGCUUGGCUUAAGCUCUUUAACGAUUGCAACACUCUCAACGAUUUUUAUAAGGAAAUACAGCAAAUUGCGGACAACAACUUUCGCUUUCAAAUAGAGGUACCUGCGUUUCAGAAUGUUGGAACCAUGGCGCGUCGCAUCAAGAAUCUACCACCAAAGGACGUGCUCACAGGCUUCCAGAUAUAUUUUGAAUAUGAAGAAGAGCCUGUAAACUUGCUUAAACAGCAUUUGAGCAGUUUCAAUUUCAAUAUCAUGAUCACCUCUCAUAUACCAUAUAAGGACUGCAAAUAUGAUCAGAAAGAACGCUGGUUCGGCACACAAUAUACGACAAUGCCAAUUCCUCAGAAAUGGGUAGAUAUGUGGCAGGAUCCUCAGGCCUUUCCUGAUCUAGCCCUCCCACCGCCCAAUCCUUUUGUUACUACCGAUUUCAGAAUACAUUGGAAUGAGGCGGGUCGUCCUCAAAUAUCGCGUAAACCUAAAACGUUGAUUAAAGACGACAAAUGUGAACUAUGGUUUCGACAAGACGAUACUUUCCUCCUGCCAGAUGGAUUUAUUUGCCUCUAUUUUAUAACACCACUAGUACGUUUAAAUGUCCGGAACUACAUGAUGGCUGUUGUAUAUACCUAUUUAGUCGAUUUUUGUAUUGCUGAGCAGCUUUACCCAGCGAUUGAGGCGGGUCUAACUUACCGAUUGUUCAUUGGAGAAAAAGGACUAUUUUUGAUUGUAAAUGGAUACAACGAUAAACUACCAUUACUGCUGGAAAUUAUACUAAAAGUUAUGAGUACACUCGAUUUAGAUCCAGCCCAAGUUGUGUCUUUCAAAGAGUUAAAAAAACGACAGAUAUUCAAUGCUUUGAUCAGUGCAAAAUCCCUAAACCUAGAUCUUCGUCUCAGUUUACUGGAAAGUCAGCGCUUCAAUAUGUUGGAUAGAUAUGAAAUACUAGAUACUAUUUUUCUAGACGACAUACAAUUUUUCAAAGAAAACUUCCAUAAAGAGAUGUACGUGCAAGGCCUUAUACAAGGAAACUUUACCGAGCAGCAGGCUCUAGAUAUAAUGUCAAAAGUACUGAUGAAUUACAAGAGUGAAAAAAUCCAAAAUUUUGAAAUAUUGAACAAUAGCCUUGUGCAGUUACCCCUUGGAUCCCAUUACCUUAAGGUAAAGGCGCUUAACAGGGAAGAUACAAAUUCUAUUGUCACCAAUUACUAUCAAAUAGGACCGAGCGACAUACGUCAAGAAUGUCUGAUGGAUUUAGUGGAAAUGAUAGUGGAAGAACCAUUAUUUCAUCAGCUUCGGACACAGGAACAGUUGGGCUAUAGCCUUAGCAUUCAUCAACGAAUAGGUUAUGGGGUUCUAGCCUUCAUUAUAACGGUUAAUUCUCAGGAAACUAUAAAUAGGGCAGAGUACGUGGAGCAGCGCAUUGAGGCGUUUAGGGCACGAAUACCAGAGCUGGUACAAGAACUGAGCGAUGAAGAAUUUCUUGCCGUUCGAGAAUCUCUCAUAAGUGGGAAAAAGUUAGCCGAUACUAGCCUGGAAGACGAAGUAAUGCGAAACUGGAAUGAAAUCGUGAACAUGGAGUACUUUUUUAAUCGUAUAGAUAAGCAAAUACAGAUGAUGAACACACUAUCAAAAGAGGAUGUGUUGCAAUUUUUGGCCGAUUACGAAAGCAAUCAUUUGCGAAAAUUAUCUGUGCAAGUUGUGGGAAAACAAACCGCUCCCGUACGCACGCCUACAGAUUCAAUUUCCAGUGCAGUAAUGUCUAGACAGGAGUCAACCGUUGGGCCAGGCAAACGACAAGGCUCCCUAAACGAAUUGCUCGAGGAGGUGCAGCAGACCAUAUCUGAGGAGCAGCUCCUAUUUGAAAGGAUGGGCGAUAAUAUUAAACUAGAAUUCAUAGGUAAUAGUAACGAUGGCUCACAUAUUGUCGACAUUGCUGACUUUAAAAAGAACUUGUAUAUAUAUCCAGUAAUAAAUACAAAUCCA